AUGUCGGAACCAAUCGAACCCAUGCAAAAGAAAAAUCCGUUUGCAAUACCUGAACCAUACUAUUUACCAGGCUACACAGGUCAUUGUCCAGCUUAUAGCGAAACAGUGGGGCAGACGUACGGAAGGGCGACACAUAAUGUGAUGGAAUCAUCAACCCCUGGUAGACUAAAACCUAUAUCAUCAGAGUCGCAAAAUAUGCCAGGUGAUCCUGAUCUUGACAUAAUCGAGAACAGAAAGUCGGAAGGCAGAUCUGUAUUAACGAAAAACAUAACGCCUGGUUACAAAGGCCAUAUCCCUAGGGCCCGGGGCCUGAUCGGAUUAAAUUUCAACCAGAGUUGUAUCAAAGGUGUCGCUGAAUUCGAGAAAAAGAAAAAAGACUACGAAGAAUAUCUGAAAUCGGACUCACAAAAAGGAGGAUAA